AAUUUAAAAUGUUAAUUGAACAAGGUGAACCCAAGAUUAUAGUGGCAGUUCGUAAAAGACCCUUGAAUAAGAAAGAAAUCAAUAAGGGUGAUAUUGAUAUUGUUGAUGUCUCAAAUUAAUAGAGCUAAGUGAUUGUCAAAGAACAAAGGUAUCUCCAAAAUAUUCAUCACCUUUUUUAGAACCAAAGUUGAUCUCACUAAAUAUAUUGAAGAGCAUUAGUUUAAUUUUGAUGCAGCCUUCGAUGAAAAUACCACUAAUGAACAGUUAUAUUUGCAAAUCGUACGGCCCAUCGUUGAAGCAGCAUUUAAUAAGGCCAAAGUAACAUGUUUUGCAUAUGGAUAAACAGGCUCUGGCAAAACCUACACAAUGUUAGGUGAUUAUCAAGAAAGAGUCCCUGGAUUAUAUUUAUUGGCAGCUUAUGACAUUUUUUGUUUGCUUAAUAAUGAAUGUUAUGGCCAUCUUCAAAUUGCAAUCUCCUUUUAUGAAAUUUAUUGUGGCAAGCUUUUUGAUCUCUUGAAUGAAAGAUCCCUACUUCAACCAAGAGAAGAUGCAAAAGGCAACGUCAAUAUAGUUGGUUUAUAAGAAAGAAAAGUCUAAUCUGUAGAACAACUCAUGAAAGUUAUUGAGCAAGGAAGUGCAUCCAGAAUCACAGCAUCUAACUCAUCAAAUAGUGAUUCCUCUAGAUCUCAUGCUAUCUUAUAAAUAACAUUAAAAGAUGGAUCCAGAUCUCAUGGGAAAUUGUCAUUCAUAGAUUUGGCAGGUAGUGAAAGAGGAGCUGAUGUAAGUGAUACAAAUAAACAAACAAGAUUUGAUGGAGCUGAAAUCAAUAAAUCACUAUUAGCAUUAAAAGAAUGUAUCAGAGCUCUAGAUUUGAAUAAAAAUCAUACCCCUUUCAGAGGAUCCAAGUUGACUUUAGUCUUAAAGGAUUCUUUUAUUGGAAACUGUAAAACUGUGAUGAUUGGUAACUUUUCACCAUCCAAUUCUUCCUCUGAACACACCCUCAAUACUUUAAGAUACGCUGAUAGAGUUAAAGAACUGAAAAAGCCAAAUGAUAAAGAACUAAAAGAUCAAGUUACAUCAUUAGAUAAGUUGGCUAGAGAACUAAUGUUGCCACGAUAAUAGUAGCCUGUCAAAAUGUAGAAAUAACCUUAGAAUCCAUAAUAACAAUAAUAAUAGCCAUAAUUCAAUCCAUUUAAGAAUAAUCCAUUAUAAAAUUAUUAGAAUUAAAAUCUCUUUCAGUAACCAUAAUUUUUAAAUUUGUAAAAUUCAGUACCUGGAAUGAUGAUAUCAUAAUAAUAAUCCCAAUAAUCUACUUACACAUUUUAAAACUUCAUAUAACCUCCCCCUCCAUAACCAUAACCAGUUAUUCCUUUACAAUAAUCAUAAUAACCAUAAUUCAAAAUAAAUGAUACAAAAAAUAAACAAUCAUACAAUAAACCAACUCCUUAAAUGUAAGAGGCAAGACCUUACAUGAAUGAAAAUUUAUUCCCUGGGCAAAUCGAAAGAAAAUCAAGUAUUUACUUUAAUUAUUUAGAAAUUAAUUCAUCAAUGGAAGAUGAUUUAAUGAAGAUAGGAUAAAAACACGAAUAAUUAAUUAGUGUAAUUCUUGAAGAAGAAGAAAAUCUAAUCUCAAGUCAUAGAUCUCAUAUCGAUUAGAUGGUAGAAUUAGUAAAAUAAGUAAAAUUAUCAAACAAAUAUAUAGGAAAUGAUGUUAUUACACAAUAUAGAUAAGCCAGGAUCUGAUGUUGAUGAAUAUGUAAAAGGACUUGAAUAAAUUUUAUUAACAAAGAUGGAAGAAAUUUAAACGUAAUUAUUAUUUCAAUCAAUUUAGAUUAUAACUUCAAUUAUCAACGUUUAAAUCCCAUUUAUCCGAAGAGGAAACUUUAUAAAAGCAAUUCUAUCAAUAAAGAUAGUAAUUAUCAUAGUAAGACACAGAGUGUUCAGACAUUUUUAAAUGA